AUGUCCCGAGUGGUUCUCAACGUGGAUAGUUAUGAGGGAAAUGACACCCCGAGCGCCGAAAUCGCCCGUUUUGUCGUUCUCUAUGGAAAAGCUUCGACUCGAAAACACAAAAUUUGGGAAGGAGACGGUCUUCUCGUGUGUUUCACAGAUUCGUGUCUCCUGAAGUCGGAAGAUGAGCGUGACGUCAUUUGCAGAUCCUCAGCGCUAAAAGGCCUGGACCAGCUUGAAGACGGCCGAAUCAUCAAUAUCGGAUCCUGGAGCGUCGAGAUUCAGGAGAGAAUUGCUACUGGGCCUCCCCAGAAGCCCAUUUCGGCCCAAAAGCCCGAAAUCCAGAGCCCAAUGCCUCCAAUGACGCCUGGAAACUCGGAAAACGUGGAAAAUCGCAAGCGCGGCGGCUUUUCAAGCCCGUUUUUAGGCAUUGAGCUCCCAAAACCUCUCUCAAAACGAUCCGCCACCUUCGUACCGCCGCUUAUUGGCUCCGAGAGCUCCUCCUCCGGCGGCUCCAGCUCCUCCACAAUUCAGGAGAAAAUCCCUCCAUUUAUACUCAACGAACAGGAUAUUCUCGAUCGAAAAACCACGUCAGCAGUCACUGUGGACACGAGAUUCGCGAGACAUCUCCGACCUCAUCAGAAAUCUGGAAUUCAAUUUAUUUUCGAUCGGCUUAGGCGAGGCUCCGGGAAAAACGGUGGUGGUGGCGGAGCAAUUCUCGCCGACGAUAUGGGACUCGGAAAGAGUUUACAGACGAUGGCUGCCACGUGGGCUUUGUUGAAAGGCUCAAAAACCGCCCAACAACUCGCCAAUUCGUGUCUAAUCAUCGUUCCAUCGUCUCUCGUCAACAAUUGGAAGGCAGAAUUCGAUAAAUGGUGGCGUCUAAUGAGAUUUCCCGCAGUAAUUGCUCUCACCGCCAACGAUAUCACCACUUAUCAAUCGACAAUCAAGCUGAUGCCCUAUCUUGUGAUCAGUUAUGAUUUGGCUCAACGCCACGUGGAAAAACUGAAAAUUAUUCGAUUCGACGUGAUGGUUUGCGAUGAGGGGCAUAAACUCAAGAAUUUGGAUGGAAAAUUGCGGAAAACUCUUCUCUCACUGGAAAUUCCGCGGCGCCUAAUUCUAACAGGAACUCCAAUGCAAAACGAUUUCGAAGAAUUCUACUCGCUUCUGGAUUUCGUGAGACCUUCCGUAUUCGGUUCGAUUGUCGAAUUUCGAAAAAUGUGCUCAGAUCGGCCGGAGCAGCUCAAUGAGCUCAUCGAUGAGUGCAUGUUGAGACGAACGGCUGCCGAUGUUGAUUUGAAACAUCUUCCUGAAAAACACGAAUACAUCCUCUUCUGCGCCGCCUCGCCAAUCCAAAAACAUGUUCAUUCUGAAAUCUGCGACUACAUGACAGGCGAUGCUCUCUCGUUGAUCUUCUUUGCCCGCCAACUCGCCAAUCAUCCGAAGCUUCUUCUCGACAAUCUCCGUGAAAAAACCGAAAAAUCUAAGGCUCACAAGCAUUCGCCGCUGCUCCUCGCGUUCGAUGGAGCACACAUGCCACGUGGCGGAGUUAAAGAAUCGGGAAAGCUGACGGCGUUGGUGGAUAUGAUAAAAUGUUUCCGGCUUCUGCAGGAAUGUACAGUUAUUGUGUCGAAUUAUAUAGAAACAUUGGAUAUGAUUCAACAACUUUGUGAAUAUUUAAACUUUAAAGUUCUUCGAUUGGAUGGGAAGACACAGGUCCCGGAUCGCCAGAAACUCGUGAGAACAUUCAAUGAUCAUCGCGACCCAUCGAACAUCUUCCUGCUCAGCACAAAAGCCGGCGGCGUCGGGCUCAAUCUUAUCGGAGCAUCUCGGCUUGUGCUCUUCGACUCGGACUGGAAUCCGGCUAACGAUCAGCAGGCUAUGGCAAGAAUCUGGCGGGAUGGACAAGUUCGGCCAUGCCACAUUUAUCGAUUGAUUACCACGGGCACAAUCGAGGAAAAGAUGCUCCAACGACAAAUCAAAAAGACCGGUCUGGGAUGUGUGAUCGACGCGAUCGAGGUCGGCGACACGAUUGCCACGUUCACCGACGAGGAUUUGAAGGAUAUUUUCACUUUUACUGGCUCGGCGACCGAAUGUAAUACUCAUGAUCUUUGCGAGUGCCCGUGUGAUGGUUGUGGAAUGCUUGAGAAUGAGAUGGACGAGGAAGACGAUGGGGAUGACGUGGUGGAAAAUGAUGCGGAAAAAAUCGAUAAAUCUGGAAAAAUCGAUAAAAUCGAUAGCGACGACGAUGAGGAAGCCGAUGAUGAGGAGCUCGAGGCGGAUGUGACCGAUGAAGUUGUGGAGGAUAGUCAGGAGCCCCCCGAGGCCACAAAACCCGCCGUCGCCGCCGCCGGCCUCCGCACGAUCGCCUCGCUGGCCGAACUGUCCCGUUGGCGCCACUUUUCGCCACGUCACGCCGACACGUGGCAUCAUUUCAUGACGAAUGCCGGGUUGUCGCAGGUGGAUACGGAUGUGGAGCUGACUUUUGCGUUUUAUCAAGAAUCUCAAUAUUGAUAUUGAUCUGUUGAAUUUGUUUUUUUUUAAUUUGAAUUUACAAUUAAAUGAAUCCCCUUUUUUAU